AGUACAGUGCUGGGAGCCGCCUGGAUAGAACGUGAACCCUCACGGGGCGCACGGGAUAGUGAGCAAGGUGGACGGUUGCCAUAUACAACCAUGCAAUAAGGUGGCCCGCCACGACCCAUGGCGCCCUUAACUGAAGCGACCUGGAGCAUGCGAAGUGGAGGUGGGGCGAGACGCAACUCGCUAUCCCGCGAGAGGUGGCCCCGCGAAUUAGGCCCACCGAGAGAGGGUGGGGGCCGACGCGCACGCGCACUUCGGCUUCCGGCCCACACUCCCGGCUCGCCACUCACCUCCAGCAUCCGGAACGUCUGCCCCGCGCCGCUAGGCGGGCUGGGCAUGCGCACACGGAAGGCCCCGCCUCGCCUGCCCUCGGAAGUGCUUCCUUAGCCCUUGGCGCGCGUGCGCCUGUCGAAAUUGUCGCGGCGGCUGUGGCGGCAGAAUAGGCGGUUACGGUGGAGUCUGAAUAGACUACGGCAGUGAGGCCGCGCAGGUUUCUCCCCUGGUCUGGUAAACCCCCAGGGCCCUCGCCAUGGACUUCCAACAUCGCCCCGGCGGCAAGACCGGGAGCGGGGGUGUGGCCUCCUCCUCUGAGAGCAACCGGGAUCGCAGGGAGCGCCUGCGGCAGCUGGCCCUGGAAACCAUCGACAUCAACAAGGACCCUUACUUCAUGAAGAACCACCUGGGCUCCUACGAGUGCAAGCUGUGCCUGACACUGCACAACAAUGAGGGGAGCUACCUUGCGCACACCCAAGGGAAGAAGCAUCAGACCAACCUGGCCCGGCGAGCAGCCAAGGAGGCCAAGGAGGCCCCCGCCCAGCCGGCGCCAGAGAAGGUCAAGGUGGAGGUGAAGAAGUUUGUGAAGAUUGGCCGCCCAGGCUACAAAGUGACCAAGCAGAGGGACACAGAGAUGGGCCAGCAGAGCCUCCUGUUCCAGAUUGAUUACCCUGAGGUCGCUGAGGGCAUCACACCCCGCCACCGCUUCAUGUCAGCCUACGAGCAGCGGAUUGAACCCCCAGACCGGCGCUGGCAGUACUUGCUCAUGGCCGCUGAGCCCUAUGAGACCAUUGCCUUCAAGGUUCCCAGCAGGGAGAUCGACAAGGCUGAAGGCAAGUUUUGGACUCACUGGAACCGGGAAACCAAGCAGUUUUUCCUCCAGUUCCACUUUAAGAUGGAAAAGCCACCAGCCCCACCAAGCCUCCCUGCCGGGCCUCCCGGGGUGAAGCGGCCCCCACCCCCGCUGAUGAAUGGUUUGCCUCCUAGGCCUCCACUGCCAGAGUCUUUGCCCCCGCCUCCACCUGGAGGCCUGCCUCUGCCACCUAUGCCGCCCAGUGGGCCUGCACCCUCGGGGCCCCCCGGCCCUCCUCAGCUACCCCCACCAGCUCCUGGUGUCCACCCCCCAGCCCCAGUGGUCCAUCCUCCAGCAUCUGGAGUGCACCCUCCUGCUCCUGGGGUGCAUCCCCCAGCUCCUGGGGUCCACCCCCCAGCACCAGUGGUCCACCCCCCAACAUCUGGGGUCCAUCCCCCUGCUCCUGGGGUCCACCCUCCAGCCCCAGGGGUCCAUCCUCCCCCAUCUGCUGGGGUUCACCCCCAGGCCCCAGGGGUGCACCCACCAGCUCCAGCAGUUCACCCCCAGGCCCCAGGGGUGCACCCACCAGCUCCAGCAGUUCACCCCCAGGCCCCAGGAGUCCAUCCACCAGCUCCUGGGGUCCAUCCACCAGCCCCAGGGAUCCACCCCCAGCCUCCUGGGGUUCACCCUCCACCUCCUGGGGUCCAUCCUCCAGCUCCUGGAGUCCACCCCCAGCCUCCUGGAGUUCACCCCUCAAAUCCCGGGGUGCAUCCCCCAACUCCCAUGCCUCCGAUGUUGAGGCCCCCACUGCCCUCCGAAGGCCCUGGGAACAUGCCUCCCCCUCCCCCCACCAACUGAAAAGCUACCCCUGUGCCAGCAAGUAUGCUUUUGUUUUCCUGUGUUCCACCCUUGGAAUAAAAUGGGGUGUUUUUAUACAGGGCUGGGCCGUGUGCCCAGAGCCUAUUAAAAAGCCUCUGCUAAACU